AUGCCGCAAAUACCCACACGCAGCCUUCACCGGCUCGUGCACAACCCUCGUCAAUGGGCGUUCCCAGCUCACUUUAUCGCGGGCCGCCGACUAGGAGGAUACAAGUAUAUCACUGUUCAAGCGACGCCUGCGACCGAUAGCAGCUCUAUCGAUGUGAAUGGGAAAUCUUUGUCGGCGUCUUCACCAGAUGCGACCUUUGAAAUACUGGGCUCCCCAUAUUCUCUCCUCUCCGUUAGCCUCGCGCCAUCUCAGCAUCUGCACACUCGGCGAGGAACCCUCGUCGGCGUCUCGUCCCCUUCACCGGACGGUACAGUCUCAACACUGCGCUUACUCACUCCCUUCCGGCGUGCUCUCACGGGCAUCCCUUUCCUUUACCAACGCAUCACGUCUACAACACCGAUUAGUGCUCUGAUCUCUACCCCGUCCACGCACACUACAUUUGCAAUACUUCAACUCGAUGGCACGACAGAUUGGCGCAUAACACAACGCAAAGCACUUCUUGCGUGGACAGGCAACAGCCUCGCCGUCGCUCCCGUCCUCCCCACCACCCUUUCCACUUCCGCAUAUGGUACCUCCACAGCCACGGGUCGCGGCCUGCUCGCCCUCUCCGGUGUAGGGCAAAUAUACUCCCUGACUCUGGGUCCCGGCGAGUCCUACGUUGCGCACCCCAGCAACAUUCUGGCAUAUGCCCUGUCCUCUACCUCCAACGCACCACAGCCCUACCGCUUCAAGAGCUCCACCCUCAAAUUCCAGAUCCCCUUGUCACUGGGCAACUGGUUCCCCACGCCCGCCUUCUGGCGCGCAGCACAAGAGUCAAACACCUAUAAAUUCCUGCACAAUGUCCUUCGGCGGAUGCGCACCUGGUCGCGACGCACCAUCUGGGGCGACAGGCUGUUCCUGCGCUUUGAGGGUCCCACCACACUACUGAUUCAGUCACGUGCCUCCCGUAUCCGCGAUAUCCUAACAUCAGAGGAAGUCAACGAGAUCGCGGACGCGCCCGCAGGCCUCGCAGCGGAGGCCAUACGUGAUGUUCAUGAUGGGCGCGAUGCAGGGAGGGAGAAGCAGCGCAUGGGCGUGCAGGGCGCGACGCCGAGCGCGGAGGCGGGCAAGGUCACUGCGUCUGCGUCGCCUCAAGCGGGGGGGCCGGCCCAGGAACAGCCAAAGUUGGAGGUCAAGAGCGUGAAUGAGGAUGGGAAGGUGACAUUCCAGGCAACGCAACAGCCAGCGAAGAAGGGCUAA